AUGGGAGCUCGUUGCACCAUUUUGGACUUAUGUUGCCGGCAUUCUAACGUUGAAUCUGACGCCUCUUCUGCCUCUCAUAACGAGAAAUAUGAGGAAAAAGAAACGGAGAAAUUGUCGGGUUUUAGGAAGUUUAGAUUGGAGGAGCUCAAGGCUGCGACCUUAGGAUUCUCCAUGGACAGAAUCGUAUCUGAAGAUGGGGAGAACGCCCCUAACGUGGUUUAUAAAGGUCACCUCGUGGUUGAUGGCGGUUGGGUCGCCGUUAAGCGCUUCAAGAAGUCUGACUGGCCUGAUUCUCGUCAAUUCCUCGAUGAAGCAAAGGCAGUUUGGCAGCUAAGGAGUGAUAGAAUGGCAAAUUUGAUAGGUUGUUGCUGUGAAGGAGAUGAGAGAUUGCUUGUGGCCGAGUUUAUGCCACAUGAAACUCUCGCGAAGCAUUUUUUUCACUGGCAUAACCAACCAAUGAGAUGGGCCAUGAGGUUGAGGGUGGCUUUAUAUUCAGCACAAGCAUUGGACUAUUGCAAUAGUAAAGGCCGAACAUUAUAUCACGAUCUCAAUAGUUACAGAGUUUUGUUUGAUCAAGAUGGUAAUCCCAGGCUUUCAUGCUUUGGACUAAUGAACAGCAAGGAUGGAAAAAUUUACAGUGCAAACUUGGCUUUUGCCCCUCCAGAAUAUUUGAAGUCAGGGGGAGUGGUCCCUGAGAGCAUAGUUUAUAGUUUCGGCACCAUAUUGCUCAAUCUUCUGAGCGGCAAACACAUCCCGCCUAGCCAUGCUCUUGACUUGAUGCGUAGCAAGAAACUUUUGAUGCUGAUGGAUUCAUGUUUGGACGGCCAGCCAAAAUUUAGGUCUCUUGUGGCCUCUCUUGCUCCUCUCCAAAAGGAAAAAGAUGUAUCAUCACAUGUAUUUCUGGGUAUUGUUCAUGAAACUAUGUCUCCUAACCAAAAGUUAUCCCCCCUUGGUGAGGCUUGCUCAAAGUUAGACUUGACUGCUAUACAUGCGAUACUGGAGAAGGUUGGAUACAGGGACGAUGAGGGGGUUUCAAGCGAGCUUUCUUUUCAUAUUUGGACAGAUCAAAUUCAGGAAAGCUUGAAUUGUAGGAAGCGUGGAGAUACUGCAUUUCGUGCUAAAGACUUCACCACUGCAAUAGCUUGUUACACACAGUUUAUCGAUGGUGCAACCAUGCUAUCCCCAACAGUGUUUGCCCGGCGCUGCCUAUGUUACUUGAUGAAUAACAAAUCACAAGAAGCUCUUUCAGAUGCUGUGAAUGCACAAGCACAAUCUCCUGAUUGGCCCACUGCUUUCUAUCUUCAAGCAGCUGCCCUUUUUAGCCUCGAAAUGAAUAAAGUUGCCCAGGAAACGCUUAAAGAUGCUUCUUCUUUAAGUGCCAAAUGA